AUGACUGGAUCUCAUGGGCUUGCUGCAGCCCAAAAGGGUGUGCAGGAUUCUGGCAAUCCAACACACUUCAACUUUUUCCGUUCUGCUUUACGGGGAAGGCAAAGGGUUUUGUGGUGUGCCAAUGACCCAACUGUGUGCUUGGAUCGUGAGAAGAACCCUUGGGGAGGUAGCACUUGUUGUUAUCAAAGGUUUUGCAAGGACACCAUGAGUGACCCGAACCACUGCGGGGCAUGUGGUAAGACUUGUGCUUAUGGUUUUGUUUGCUGUAAUGGAAACUGUGUUGAUAUUCAAAAUGAUGCUCGGAACUGUGGUGCUUGUUUUGAGGAAUGUCCGGGGCAAAGUAGGUGCUUCUAUGCAAUGUGUGAUUACGGUGGGUGA